CUGAGCAAGAGACCACGCUUGAAAAGAGAAGAGCAUCUUCAAACCACUACCGGGCUACAGAAACCGCAGCCAGAGCACAUUGGAACUAGGGGGUAGAUUACCAACGGCAACACAUUUUUUAUGUUUCACCUGUGGCGGGAGCAAAUUCAAAGCACUAUUUAUUCAAUUUGAACGGAUUUAGCGAACAUAAGUGACUACACUGCCCGGCGGAUGAUAAGCGUUCCGGACCGGAGUUGUCGGUUUCGCGAGGAGGCAGGUUAACAUUACCAGAGCGAGAAGAUGAAGUCUGCUGGGGUGGUGGAAGGAGGACUGUUCACAGAGAGUUACUGUAACAUCUGUAAUGCCCAGCUCAUUUCCGAGUCGCAACGCACAGCACACUACGAGAGUAAGAAACAUGCCAACAAGGUCCGUCUCUUUUACAUGUUACAUCCAGAAGACGGAGGCCCACCGUCCAAGAGACUGAGACCAGACAACCCGGACAGUGCAGAGACAGAGGUGGACAGGAAUAAGUGCUGUACUUUGUGUAAUAUGUUCUUCACGUCGGCCAUCGUGGCCCAGUCUCACUACCAGGGCAAGACACACGCCAAGAGAGUACGACUGGUACUGGGAGAAACACCCAGCUUACCUACUGCUACCAACAGCCCUACCACCACAGACUCAUCCCCCUCCACCCCCCAGCCCAGUGACCCCACCCCUCCCCAUCAUCCUCCUGCCCUACCAUGGCCCUCCUCUCUACCACACCCGGUGGCGGUGGUGGGUAGUGGUGGUGGGAGUGGUGAGACAGGGAAGUACUGCUGUCUGUGUGGAGCCUGGUUCAACAAUCCUCUGAUGGCCCAGCAACACUAUGAGGGGAAAAAACAUCGCAGGAACGCAGCCAGAGUGCGACUACUGGAGCAGCUAGCUGGCAGUCUGGACGCUACUGAAACUACAGGUCUCCGCAGCAGUUACUCCUGCAGUGUAUGUAGUGUGGUGUUGAACUCCAUUGAACAGUACCAUGCUCACCUCCAGGGCUCCAAGCACCAGAACAACUUGAAGCAGGUCCAGCAGUAAAGCACUGGGAUCAGAGACCUGUGGACAUAUGUAGAAUGGGAAAAUGGGAAUACUAAACAUGGGAAUGCAGAUCUUCGUAAAACGAAGACUCACCCUGGCAAUUUUGGUUCUUGGAAUUUUGGAAGACUGAGAGACUUCUACAGAGGGCUCAGGAGUGUGUGUGUGUGUGUGUGUGUGUGUGUGUGUGUGUGUGUGUGUGUGCGUGCGUGC